AUGCAUCCACUGAACCAUGGAGCGCCAUCAUUCGACGACAACGUUUCCCUACCAGGUUUCAAAUUCGCCCACGGCUACGGUUUCAAGACCAGCCAGCAGACUUCUUAUAGAUGCAACACGCCGGGCUGCCGAUACCCGCACCCGGAUGAGAGCAAGACCGCUGAUGGUCGAGAACACAAGAAUGGGCCCCGUCUCUCCCCGACCAGGAGACCCAGCGCCCCCUUCGAGCCGGUUUUCCGCAGAAUCUCUUCUCGUCGCGAGGCGGAUAGGCCCUCCGAGGCUUCUGCAGAUAGCACCUCGAUCAGUCCAUUCGAGCUCGACCCCGAGAGCUCUGAUGCCCGUGGGCAACAGAUCGUGAACCACGAGGCAAUAUCCACUUGGCUUCACAGCAUUGUGUCUAGUUCCGAGCAAUCCGUCAUUCGCACUAGCUUGCCCCUUGAGCUGGAGCACUCGUCCCCUUUGUCGUCUGAGACUGCUGCAAGCGAGGACCAACUGGACGUGAUGGUAAUCAUACCCAUCAGUUCACGAAGCAGACGGAUUCACACUCGUGGACAUAGAUCCACGCGUUCGGGGACUGGCUUUGACGGGCCUCUCUCCUCGCCUAGUGAUACACAACUCCGCCCACCGUCCCACGUUCUUGGCGACCAAAUAGGGGCAUCGAUGCGCAGUGCUGCCCUGCCCAACAGAUCUCAGAGGCUCAAGUCUGACACGUCUGGCUCAAUCGACUGGGAGAAAAGCUGGCCGAAGCGUAAGCCACGCCGAGCGCACAACGUUUCCGAGGUUUCACCAGAUCCAGCAGCCCUCAUCCAUGCUGCUGACUUUUUCGCAAUGGUCACCCAAAAGGACGACAGCGUUGAUGACGGCAAUGCUGACGACAUGUUAUGCCCUGAUUUCAAGGUCCACCACGCACAGUUCCACGCGAUUCAGCAGUUGGCUCUGAAGUCCUGCCCAGAACUUCAUCGCCAAGUAGGGGACUUUGCUCAAACAGUAAACAAGAGUGAAGCAGGUCUACCCCUGGUCGCGCCAAACUAUUCUGAGUUCGAUAAGUCUCGUCAUCGGCAUCGCCCCCGCGUGUCUGACACGCUCUCGAAAGGGUUUCGAUCGCUAGGCCGCAAACUUUAUCGCUCUGGGUCCUCAAGUCAUUCUGCUCGCUCAGACUUUCCAGCGCCUCCCGACGGAAAAGAACGCCGCUACCUCGCACGCGACUCUACGGACGUAUGGCCGUCAUCCGGUGAGGAGUCUCCCGUCUUCAACACGCCCGAGUCCCCUGGAACACCGGCCUAUUCCAGUGGAAGUUAUGUUGACCCCUUGGCAAUGGCGGCUUUGAUGAUCACUGCGGCAGACCUUGACCGACUCUCGGGGACUGGAAGUCGCCAACAGCGAGCAGGGGCAUCUGGGUCGUCGAGGUCACAGACGCCGCUGUCAAGUGGCGUUGACAGCCCAAUAAACGGCCCCUCUGUGUCUGGUCUUGCGACGCCCGAUAACACCCCCAAUUACUCACCUUCGACAUCUUUACCUCAAGUUAGCCAGACAAGUCUAGCUGCCCGGCCACCACAAAGACCAGGGCAGAGACGGAGAGCCCAGCGAAGUCGCUUGUCAGAGGUUACGACGCCAGAGGAACCUGGGUCACUGAUUGAGCCUGUUGAUUACGUCGCGGAACCCACGCUUUCGUAUUUAUCCUCCGCCGUUGGGACUCUACAGGAAAUAUCGGGCGAACUCGAAAACGCAAAUCCUGAGAGCCUUUAUCCAAGACCUUUGACUAUAAGCCGCGAAGGCAUCAGCAAGAUUAUCUCGUACUUUUGGCUAUAG